AUGUCUCUCCAUCUAAGAGAUAUCGAUUCUCCAAAGGAAUCUCAUCCAUUUAUAUCGACCAGACAUAGUCACAAUGACUACGAUAUCAAAACCUCUAAUAUGGACAGCUCCGAUAUCACCGACCCCAACAUGGACGACUCCGACAACGACAUUUCUGACACCGAGACCAGCGACGUUGACAGCCCAGACAACCAGAGCCCCAACUACGACAGCCCCAAUACCGACGACGACGACAGCGACUUCGACGACUCAGACUUCUACCUCUCUUCCGACGACUCGGAUGACGACGACUUUGACCCCAGUAACUACGAGUCAGCAACUCAUUACGCACGUAUCUACGAAUUUUGCGAAGCAGAAGGCGUCGACAUCGAAGACCUCGACGGCCGAUACUACAUCGUCGACCACGAGAGUAACGGACUCGAGAGCGACGGAGCCGAACCAGACCACUCAACCACCGAAACUUUCUCAACCCUCGCGGAAUGGGCCGCGGCCGAAAAGCUCGCAGUCCUCUACAGCUAUUCUCUCAUCCCGGGUGAGAAACCAAUUGUCAAAUGGAUAUUCCCGGUCGAAUACCGCAAGACGCCACCACCGCCCACCGCUAUUGCGUUGUUUCUCACAGACCUGAAAUACCUCCUAUCCUGGUACUUUAUCAGCCACCUCAUCCAAAGUCUGGUUAUCAUGCUCCAAUUCGGCGGAAUAUUGGUUAUUUUGUACAUCGUGGUUGGAUGUGGCGUGGCGGUAUGGAAGUUGGGUGUUCUGACGUGGUCGACUGUGUGCAACGGCGUGUCGAUUUUGAUAAAAGGUGUGGGAGAAUUUGUGAAUUGA